AUGAAUUCAUGUAAUGUGACAGGGAAUUCCAGUUCAUCUUCAAAUCAUGAUGAGAGUUACCCUUCUGGACUUGAAACCUUUUUUUUAUUUUUAUAUACAGGCAUCACACUGAUAGGUAUUCCUUCCAACUGCUUUUCACUGUACGUGUCCUGGCAACACAUAAGGAGAAAUAAUGAGAUAGGAGUCUACCUCUUUAACCUGGCCCUGGCAGACAUAUUCUUUACCAUGCUGCUGCCCAUUUGGGUGAAUUACAUAAUUAUGGAACAAUGGAUCCAUGGUAAGUUUGCGUGCGAUGCUGGCAUCUUUCUCAUGUACACCAAUUAUUACACCAGUGCAGGUUUGCUGUGCUGCAUCGCUGUGGACCGCUACCUGGCUGUGGUCCACCCGUUAAAGUACCUUGUCCUGAGGAACGUCAAAACUGCGGCCUGUGCCAGCUUGACGCUGUGGCUUCUCACAAUCGCAUUUAAUGCCGUGACAACAUCCCUUGAAAUACAUUACGAAAAGGAGAUGUGCUUCGAAAUUAUGCCCCUGCCCAAAGAGCAGCAGAAAAUCAAUGUCAUCCGCUUCCUGGUCGGUUUUCUGCUGCCGGGGCUGCUUACCACGUACUGCUGCUGGGGGAUCCACCAAGCGGUCAAGGACAACAGGGCCACAGAGAAAUGCGAGCGGAGGCGCGUCUCCCGGCUGCUGGCCGUGGUGACGCUGACGCUCUGGCUCUGCUUCGGCCCCAUCCACGUCAUGAUGCUGCUUCGCGCCCUGCUGGAGAAGGACUGCGAAGUCGCCCGGCGCCUCUACAUUCCCUUCAAGGUCAGCAUCGCCCUCUCCGCACUCAACUGCCUCGCUGACCCCCUCCUCUACUGCUUCGUCACCGAAGCUGGCAAAGCCAAUCUCGCCCGUGCAAUGUUCUUUAUCAAGAGGAAGGGGCUGAGUUCCGGAAACAGUAACAUAUAG